CAAAUGUUGAAUAACCUUUGUGUGACCGGAAUAACUUUCGUCGUCGAAAUAUUAAUCCGGGUUUUCUGCGGUUUGAUCAUCAAUUUGAAUCGAUUUGGGAUUAGCAGAGUCUAGUACCAUUGUGGACACUCGCGUGGAUAAUCGGUAAGAACUCGUGGUGAUGUGGUGAUAACGAGGAUGGCGAGAAUGUGGCACGAAAAUGUAGGUACUCAGAUGAAAUCGACGGGCGAGCUAUGAAAACUGGUGAAAUGGUGUUUAUUGGGGAUUUCAACGUUAGAUGAGAACAUAUUUUUUAUUAGGUACCGAAACACAUAACCAAAAACCCAACGACCCAAGAACUCGAGGAUUCAAGCUCCGCUGGCCACCCCUCGAAGUCCGAACCCUCUGUACAUGCGAACCGAAUGCGAUGACCUCAUCAUGAAUCGCGCGAAACGAGCGGCGAUUUUCGUCACCUUUUUCAUCGCUUGCGCCUCCGUCGCGCUGCUGGUGGCCAGUUUGGGCACCAAGCACUGGGCGCAGGCGAGGGCGAAGCGCAUCAAAAACCCCGCCGAGAGCCAGGGGAAGAUCCACUUCGGCCUGUUCGGCGGAAAGAAGGAGCUCAACGUGGCUUACGGCUGGAGGACUUACGAUAUCGAUGUUAUCGAUCUCCUGAAACACGAACCCGAAUUUCUCUCCUUCGAAUUAUGGCUGGGUACUUUGAUAUUCGUCUGCAUGGGCUUAUUAUUUUCUAGUUUGAGCGGCCUAUUCGCCGUCAUCAACACAGUCACAGCCGCCUCCAGGCGCCUCACCAAAUUCACCGGCUUGUAUUUAUGGAAUUUUCUCUCAGUCCUUUGCGACGUCAUCGCCAUAUGUUUUUGGACGGCGCAGUUUUUCAUGAACAUCCAGUACAGCGUUUUAUCCCGCGAAGAUCGGGAUAACGAAUGGACCUCGGAGAAUAUGGCUGAGUUGGGAUAUUCCUUUUGGUUCGUAGUUGGCGCUGCAGGAACGUCGUUUGUCAAUAUAAUCGUGAUAUUUAUAGUGAAUAUGGACAAGGACGUGGAAACUAUAAUACCGGUGUUAGAGGAAAAGACGAACGGUGUUGUAAUGUUGUAUUAAAAUUUGGAAAUUAAUUUUAUUGUAAUUUAUUAUACAUAUUGUAGUUAGUUAAUGUUUGUAUAUAUUAAGAUUUUUUUAUUCAAUUUAUUUACUUUCUAUCGAAUUUAUUAUCUUUAAUUUUCAUGUUUGAGUAUUAUGUCUUUUUUGUAUAUGCAAAUCACACAGAUCUGCCGGUUAGGUUUGACAGUUGUGAAAUUUGUGAGAUAUCAAUCCCAAGAAAAUUUAAAUAAACAUCAAAUUUUCUAUUAAUUCAUUUUAAUUCAUAAUAAAUUAACACACAAUACUCCCAAUGGGGAGAAAACGGCCCCCACGAUACCUAUAACAGUCUGCAUUAUCAAAUAGGAAUUUUCCUCUGAUUCCGGAGCCAAUCUAAAACAAUAUUAUUAACUAUUAACUAGAAUUAAAUAUGAUUAUGAAUAAAAAGUAUUAAAUAUUAGAAAUGUUAUUAAUAAUAUUCAUAGAACCAUUUUCGUACGAAUAAAUCUUGGAACUUUCACUGGUGCAUGAAUAGAUCGAUUUAAUCGUAAAUAAACUGAUAUAAUUAACUUACUUGAUAACGUUUAGAAAAGCGACGUUAAAAAAGUACCCGCUGGAUAUCAUGAAGCUGCCUAAAAUUAGUAUAUACUGCCAGUCGUGGGGAAACCACACGGCUAAUUGGUGGUUCCUGGGCCACGCGUUGCAAAACAUAAAUAAUGGUAUGAAUACUAUCAUUCUCAGUACUGCUAACAAAGCCAUUAUUGAAUGGUGAGGUCUC